UUCAAUACUCGUUGCAAAUUGUAUUCAAGAAAACAAACAUAUAUACGUAUAUAUUUUCUAUCUCAAAAACAGUGAAAUCACAAAUGGCGCCAUUAUUCUUGCUUAUACUACUGUCACUAAGUUUUCAUCAUCAACAACUGCAAGUUCUUGCUCUGGCCAAUCGUUCUCAGCAUGAUUUUGGUUACAUGAAAUCAGUAUAUGAUGCAAAUGAAAUGCCAUUAAAGGGACAAUAUGACUAUAUAGUAAUCGGAGGAGGCACAGCAGGGUGCCCUUUAGGGGCGACUUUAUCAGAAAAGUACUCAGUCCUUGUCCUUGAAAGGGGCGAUGCCCCUAAUGCACAUCCAAGCGUCUUCACGACAAGUGGAUUCUUCGCUAAUCUCAACAGAGAAGACGACGGUACUACACCGGCGCAGAGGUUCACGUCUGAGGACGGCGUUCAAAGCUUAAGAGGGAGAGUUCUAGGUGGGUCAAGCAUGCUUAACGCCGGCUUCUAUUCGAGGGCUGACGACGAAUUCCUCGCCCAGUCCGGCAUAGAAUGGGAUGUCGAUUUGAUGGAGAGAGCGUAUGAAUGGGUUGAAGAGACUAUAGUUUACCGUCCAAGAGUGGAUGUUUGGCAAUCUUCUGUGAGAGAAUCUCUUUUGGAAGUUGGCUUAGUUCCGGACAAUGGCUUUACUGUUCGUCACAAGAUUGGGACCAAAACCUCUGGCUCCACUUUUGACCCAUUUGGGACGAGGCAUGGGGCCGUCGAGCUUCUCAAUCGAGCAAAUUUGGAAAACUUGAGAGUUGCUGUGAAUGCCACAGUGAACAGAAUCAUUUUCUCCACCAAAGCCUCAACACCAGCUGCAAUUGGAGUCAUAUACACUGAUUCAAAAGGGAAGUCACACGUGGCACUGGUACGCCGGAAAGGGGAAAUUAUUUUGAGUGCAGGUGCCAUUGGGAGCCCUCAACUUUUGCUCCUUAGCGGAAUCGGUCCACGUUCUUACUUGUCUUCACUCCAUAUUAAUCCCAUACUCCAUUCACAGCCCAACGUUGGAAAAUUCAUGGCCGAUAAUCCUGGUGUCACCAUCAACCUCAUACUCCCAAACUCAACGGAGCGUUUACCAACAAAAAUUACAGGAAUUACUAGUGAUUAUAUAAUUCAGACCACAACCUCUUCUGUUCAACCAAAUGUCACUACAAAUUUGAGUUUAGGUCUCAUUUCUGAAAAAAUCCCCGGACCCUUGUCAAGUGGCUCCUUGCGAUUGGCUUCUUCGAACAACGUAAAAGUUGCACCGCGUGUUCGAUUCAACUACUUCGCCAAUCCGAUUGACCUCUCGCGUUGUGUUAUGGCUAUGAAAAAAGUUGGUGACAUGUUGAAAAGUAAUGCAUUGGACCGAUUUAAGCACAAGGGUAGUGAUGGUAAGAGAGAGUUCUUGUUCUAUGGACCAUCUUUGCCGAUGAAUAAUCAUUCAAAUGAUGAUUCGUUAAUUGAAUCCUUUUGUCGAACAAGAGUGAGUACAUUUUGGCAUUAUCAUGGGGGAUGUGUUGUGGGGAAGGUUGUUGAUAGUGAUUUUAGAGUGAAGGGAAUUACUUCACUUCGAGUUGUGGAUGGUUCAACUUUCAACAUCUCUCCUGGGACCAAUCCUCAGGCCACUCUUAUGAUGUUGGGACGGUAUGUAGGGCUUAACAUGAUGAGAAAAAGGACAGAAUCAAGCUAGAGAUUGAGCAAUGUGUACAAAGAAGUGGCUAAGUGCAAAUAUUUAUAUGUAUAUAUACAUAUAUAUAUAUUUGAUAAGAAUUGUAUUAAAACAGGUUAGCUGAUUAUUUGUAAGUCUCUAAUGGUUCUUGUUUCUAUUAUUGCCGUUAAUUAUUUGGUUCUCUUGUAUCCUUGAUUAUAAAUAAAGCUGAAUAAACUCCUGAUGAGUUUUGCAAAUCCAUAUC